UAUUAGAGGAGUUGGUCUGCCCAAAACUACAGUUUGCGACACCCCUAUAUCUAUUUGGUCAAUUUCUACUGGCGAUAUGUCUAAUUUCAUAGACCCCCCAAGGAGGAAAGAAAAUGAAACUAUUUUUACAUUUAUUUCACAUUAUGAUGUCGUUACAGCUGGGUUGUAACUAGGGGUUUUAAUGUGUUUUUACACUGUUUUUCUUUAUUUCUUUCGUUUCCAUAUUGUUCUCCUCCUUACCCAAUUUGGUGGACGACCGUAACCCGAACACUGUUUUUCUUUAUUUUUUUCGUUUCCAUAUUGUUCUCCUCCCUUACCCUAGCUAACGUUACUCGGUGUCUCUUUUUUUUUAAUUUUCUUCUUACCGAAGUCAAUUUUACAAAUGCCUCAUAAAUGCACAUAUACAAUGCAAACAGAAUUAUUUGUCGGCAACUCCAACAGGGCAACGGAAUAGACAAAUCUGGCAAUCUUUUUUUUUGUUUCUUUUAUUAUAGUAGCAAGAUUUAUUCUUGUAAACGGGAACGUUCCUCAGUCCGAGUGGUAUAUCUACAUGCUCCCAUACGAUUAACAAUAGAACCCUGUAGAUACAGAACUGACCGUUAGACGUCCCCACUAUAAGGUGAAGAGUGAAGGUGGCAUCGUCUUUCUGUGUUAUUUACAAGCGAUGGAAAAGUUACUCUGCUACUAUCACCAUAGAUUUUCUGCAAUCUGUUAGUCAUCCCUGUCUAUUCACCCAGAACAAAUAAACAAUAAAAAGGUACUGCCGUUUGAAUUGAAGCGGGAGACCCAAAUUCCGACGUAUUUGUCCAGUUUACAACAAGAAAACCAUAGUGUUCAUAUCUACUGCGAUCCAAGCGUAACAUCUUUGUACAAUAAACAUGAACGAACGCUAGGAGCACAUCGUCAUGACGUCCAUACGACUGUCAACUGUGCUGACAAAGAGCUAUAGCCCGGAACACACAACUCGACGUUCUUAAAAGUUUGUCGGGUCAGACGAAGGCCUUUGCGUAAACUCUUGGGGUCAGGUGGUAAUAAUAAGUGACUUAUGGCGGCUAAACAUGUAUAGUGAGUAAACUAACGACCACAGACAACCAUGGCUACGAGCGGGAAAGUGCCGCACGAUGGCGGGAGCCUGCCCAAGGCAACUAGUGUCGAGCUGCUGCAGGGAUCCGGUGGAAACCCUCAGAGCAAAGUUCAAUCGAGAAUCCAGAGGAUCCUGGGUCUAAAGAAGUACGCAAAGGACUACCGAGUCAUCAAAACUGGCUGUCUGGUCCUGGCAUGGAUAGCUAUGGGACUGUACCAUCGCAUGGUGGCGCCCACCCUGAUCGACCUGAAGGACCGUCUAGGGGUGAACUACGAGGAAAUCUCACGAGCUUUGCUGUGCCACACCAUUGGGUACUUCCUCUCCAACAUGGCAGGGGGCGUCGUUGUUGACUUAUACCCAGGCCUGGUGGACAUGGUGAUCGCAUCCUCCCUCCUGGCGGCAGGUGUCGGCUCUAUCGGCACGCCUUGGUCCCGCUCUCUGGCGCUCACCGGCUUCUGUAAGCUGCUCACCGGGUUUGGGCACGGAGCCACGGACGCAGCCGGUACUGUGACGGUGAUCCAGCUUUGGGGUGACAACUCGGCGCCAGCUCUCCACAUCAUCCACAUGGGGUACCCGUUCAUCGCGCUCUUUGUCCCGUUCAUGGCACAGCCUUUCCUCUCACGCCGUCCAGAAGUCAACGGAACGGCCACCCCUCCCCCUCUCACCGUGGAGGAAGCCUGGAGGACGUCCAAAAUCGAACAAGCCUACCUCAUCCCCACCUUCGUGUCCGCUGCCGUCUGUGUCAUCUUCUUGGCUUUCCACUUUUACUUCUCCCCGAAGUACCAACCGGAUCUUCCUCGUCCGGAUUUCUUGGCCUGCUUCAAAUCGAAGAAGAAAACUGAUCCGGAUGCUUCCGAUCCGGAUCCGGAAGCACAGCCGUUUUGCAGACGCUUCGUCUCGUGUUGGAGUUCGAAGUUGUGUCGCUCCUUCCAGGGCGAGGGGCUGUUCUCCCCUGGCAGGUGCGUGAAGGGAGAACCUGUUCUCGGGUCUUUCUACGUUGUCCUGUUGUUUCUUUUCUACCUGGUGUAUCUGUCCGGGGAGGUGAGUCUGUUUGAGUACCUGUUCGCCUACAGUGUGGAGAGCGGGCUCUUCGAUAAAGACGGCGCCUCUCUGGUGUACUCGUUCUUCUUUCUUUUCUUCCUCUUGGGGCGAGGAUUUGGCGGGUUCGGGUCCCACUGGGUGCCGGCGGGCCUGAUUAUCGGGGUCUCCAUCUUCCUGCUGCAGGUCGUCGGGAUCGAGUACUCGGUCUGGGGAGUGAACGACAGCACGGUGUUCUGGGUGCUGACGUGUGUGGCCGGGUUUUGCUGCGGCCCGGUGUUCCCCGCCUGCUCUGCCUGGGCGAACCACUACCUGGACCUCACCGGUGUCCUGGUGGUGGUCAUGUUCGUCGGGGCGUCUUUCGGCAACAUGAUCGGUACCUACGCCACGGGGUACUUCUUCGAAUAUGCCGGGAUAGAUUCCAUGUUUCACGGCCACAUCGGCUACAUGGCGAUCACCAUCGUGGUGUUCUUCAUGAUGCAGUUUUCCAUGUCUGUCCUGUUCAAGGACAGGAUGCAGAAAGCGGGAGGAGAAGACGAGGAACCAGAACCAGAAGUUGAGGCAAUCACUAAGGUCUAGAUCGACAGAUAGAAAAAAAAAACCUCAUGGCAUUCGGAGGGCAUUCACUGUGUGUUUAAAAUGCUCACGUUGUAUUCCAGUAUACGUAAAUUCAUGCACCUUGCCAGUUUUUUUUUUUUUAGAUUAUUGGGAGUAGUGAGCGCUGAAGUAAGAAACAGGACUGUCGAUAACAGGGCUGCCAAGAGAGGAAUUGCAUUGCAUUGAUAAUUCUUUUUGGGUACCUUCGAGUGCUGUGAGAGGCUUCUUCCGAACCCCUCUGCCUACGCGCAUGUAUAUUGCACCUUGAAGGCUAAUCAAUAAAGUCGUUUUUCCUGAUAAAUCACACAUCGUCCGAAAAAUGCAAUGGCAGACGGAACUUGCGGACAACAGUCUAUAGCUGUGUGGUUGUCUCAAUAUUUAGUAUCACCUUGUACGUUUGGUAUGUUACAUCAUGCCACUAUAUGCCACUCAGGAAUAAAGCAGGGACAGGGUGGAGAACAUGAAAAUGAUCGUUGUGUAUUAGGAGCACAUAUGGAUGUCGCAAUGUGAGAUAACAUGAAGAUCUAUAAUACUGGCCAUAGGUGCCUGAAUAGCUAGUUAGCGAUACGGCCUAGCGCCUAUACCUAACAUUGUGUAUCCCGUUUUUGUCUUUCCCUUUGUUCCAAGUAGCAGAUUAAAGUAUGUGCCGUUA